AUGAUCCGGAUGAUAAGUCCGCAACCCUAUUUCCGAUCCCUCUUCCUGCUCCUCUGCCUACUCCGGCACGCCUCCUCGGACCUCGUCGGCGACGCUUGCGGCCAGAUCGCAGAUGGGGACCCAAAUGUGGACUACGCCUUCUGCGUGGAGUCCCUGCGCCCGUCGGCCGGCGCGACGGCGCGGGACCUCCGCGGCCUCGCGGCGGCCGCGGCCAGGCUGGCGGCGGCCAACGCGACGCGCGCAGACGCAGCGGCGGCCGCAGCGAUGCGGGGGCGGGCGGAGAAGAUGGGCCGCUACGAGCGGUCGUGCCUCGAGAGCUGCCAGGAGCUCUUCGAGGGCGCGGCGGAGGACCUCGCGGAGGCGGCGGGGAUGGUGGAGGGUGGGCGGUUUGAGGACGCCGGCGUGCGGCUGAGCGCAGCAGUGGACGCGCCGGUGACGUGCGAGGAUGGGUUCCGAGAGGGCGGGAUCGCGUCGCCGCUCACGGCGGAGGACGGCGAUCUGUUCCGGCUAGCGGUCAUCGCCCUCGCCAUUAAUGCUCGCCUAAAAUAA